AGUUCACUCAGCCCACCGUGCUUUACUGAAGAGGACCGAUUCAGCCUAGAGGCUCUCCGCAUGAUCCAUAAGCAAAUGGAUGAUGACAAAGAUGGUGGUAUUGAAGUAGAUGAAAGUGAUGAGUUUCUAAGGGAAGAUAUGCAAUACAAGGAUGCCUCUAAUAAACAUAGUCACCUGCACAGAGAAGACAAACAUAUCACCAUUGAGGAUCUAUGGAAACGCUGGAAAACAUCUGAAGUUCAUAACUGGACUCAAGAGGACACUCUUCAGUGGCUGUCAGAAUUUGUUGAACUGCCCCAAUAUGAAAAGAAUUUUAGAGACAGCAAUGUCAAUGGAACAACACUUCCCAGGAUAGCAGUAAAUGAACAUGCUUUCAUGAUCUCUCACUUGAAAAUAAUUGACCGGAGCCAUAGACAGAAGCUUCAGCUUAAAGCUCUGGACGUUGUUUUAUUUGGACCUCUCACACGUCCCCCUCACAACUGGAUGAAGGAUUUUAUAUUAACAGUUUCUAUAGUUAUUGGUUUUGGAGGCUGCUGGUUUGCAUAUACACAGAACAGAACCUCAAGAGAACAUAUCACAAAAAUGAUGAAGGACUUAGAAAGUCUCCAAACAGCAGAGCAAAGUCUUCUUGACUUGCAGGAAAGACUUGAGAAGGCACAAGAAGAGAAUAGGAAUGUUGCUGUGGAAAAGCAAAAUCUGGAGCGCAAAAUGAUGGAUGAGAUCAAUGAUGCAAAACGGGAAGCUCAUCGCCUAAGGGAGUUGAGGGAGGGAGCUGAAUGUGAGCUCAGCAGGCUCAAAUAUGCAGAGGAAGAGCUAGUACAGGUUCGCAUGGCUUUAAAAAAGGCUGAGAAGGAGUUUGAACUGAGAAGUAAUUGGUCUGUUCCUGAAGCUUUGCAGAAGUGGCUUCAGUUAACGCAUGAAGUUGAAGUACAGUAUUACAAUAUCAAAAGACAGCAUGCAGAAAUGCAAUUAGCAAUCGCCAAAGAUGAGGCAGAAAAGAUAAAAAAGAAGAGAAGCACUGUAUUUGGAACAUUACAUGUUGCACACAGCUCCUCCCUGGAUGAAGUGGACCAUAAAAUCCUUGAAGCAAAGAAAGCACUUUCUGAGUUGACGACAUGUUUGCGAGAACGUCUUUAUCGAUGGCAACAGAUUGAGAAGAUUUGUGGUUUUCAAAUAGCACACAAUUCUGGGCUACCAAGCUUGACCUCCUCUCUCUACUCUGAUCACAGCUGGGUAGUUAUGCCUCGAGUUUCCAUUCCUCCUUACCCAAUUGCAGGGGGAGUUGAUGACUUAGAUGAAGAUACUCCUCCAAUAGUUUCACAGUUUCAUGGGUCCAUUGUAAAACCUCCCAGCACACUGGCAAGAAGCAGUAGCUUGUGUCGAUCGAGACGCAAUGUUGUGCCAUCAUCUCCACAGUCUCAGCAUGCUUUGCACUCUCCUGACCCUGACAUCCUUUCUGUGUCGAGCUGCCCAGCUCUUUAUCGAACUGAAGAGGAGGAGGAAGCCAUUUACUUCUCUGCUGAUAAACAAUGGGAAGUCCAGGAAACAGGUUCGGAAUGUGACUCCUUAAAUUCAUCCACUGGAAGGAAGCAGUCUCCUCCAGCAAGUCUUGAGAUGUACCAGACACUUUCUCCUCAAAAAGUAUCUCCAGAAGAAUUCUCACUGGAGGAAUCAUCUACAGGAGACUCUUCUCUAACUGCAGAUAUUUCUAGGGGCUCUCCUGACUGUGUAGGCAUGGCAGAAACUAAGAGCAUGAUCUUUAGUCCUGCAAGCAAAGUUUAUAAUGGAAUCCUGGAGAAGUCCUGCAGCAUGAACCAGCUUUCAACUGGGAUCCCAGUCCCAAAGCCUCGGCACACCUCAUGUUCUUCAGCCAGCAGCGAUAGUAAACCCAGCCAUGAAGCUGCUUCUGUCCCUAGGAUAAGUAGCAUCCCACAGGACCUGUACCAAAAUGGUGAAAAAAACAAAAAGUCAUCGAAAAUAAAAAGCCUUUUUAAGAAGAAGUGUAAGUGAGCUGGGCAGAAGAAACCUAUAGUAAUGUUAUAAGAACUCU